AUAUUCUAACUGCGUCAGGAUACGUUACGGUGUAGUCGCUUCUCGUGGUUAUUUUCGUCAGUAAAUUAAAAGGAAUUGGACCCUUUUAAUUUACUGACUUUGCAGGAAUGAUAGCAGUCAUUAUUUAUUAAACCAGAAUAAUGGGCAUAUUUACAUUUUUGAGCGUAUCAGGUUAUCUGUGGACGAAGCAGUAAAAACCGAGGACGGUUCAGUGUAGAAGUGUUAUGUCUUUAUGGGAGUUUACCGUCUUUACAUUACUUAACACGUUAACAACAGCUAGCUAUCAAUAGCCCGGGUUUGAUUAAACACAGAGUUAAUCACUGCGGUGGCCUAUUGUCAUUUAAUUGCUGAGGGUUGCUAGCUGACUGGCUAGUAAUGGAAAACUUUAUAGUUUUAUUAGCUAGCCACCUCUAACGAUAGUUGUCUAUACCUGUGCCUACGUUAGCUAACGUUCGCUAGUUAGUCUAGCUGUCAGGAACAUGGCUCUGGCAGCUCUGCGAUGUUCCAGUUAUUAUAGAAAUUAUAAGUCUAUCAUCUUAACCGUGUCAGGGCGCCAUAACUUUACAUUUGUCAACAAGCGUCCAAACAACGAAGGUACCAAACGGCAUCUAUCGACAUGUAUGAACUGUAUACAGGUAUCAGGUUCACUUCGUUUAUUUUCGACUCAACCACAUCAUUAUUGUUAUGAUCUCAACCCUGGACUUAUUCAGCACCUUUUGCAUAUACCCAUGAGUUCCAGAUUGACAGCAACGCAUAAGCAACUGAUCAAGAACAACUUGUUUAAAAACCCAAUUGGCCUGUGGAAUAUUUUAGCGUCCACUGAUUAUUUUAGUACAUCUCAGUCUAAACAAGAUAAAAACAGUGAUGGACCUAAGGGCAAAACUCCAGAGGAAAAUGAAGGUGAGUUGUUACCUACUACCCCCCCCUUCCCCUUUUAGAGGAUAAGAAGCGUCGUGAGCAGGAGGAUCAGCUGUACAGGGACCGUCUGCGCACUCUCGUCAUUAUCGCCGUCAUUAUGAGUGUGCUCAACUCCAUCAGUACCAGCGGGGGAAACAUCUCCUGGAAUGACUUUGUCAAUGAGAUGCUGGCCAAGGGCGAGGUGUCUCGAGUACAGGUGGUCCACGAAAGUGACAUAGUGGAGAUCUACCUCCACCCUGGAGCAGUCAUCUUUGGGAGACCGAGGCUGGCUUUAAUGUACCGUAUGCAGGUGGCCAACAUUGACAAAUUUGAGGAAAAGCUGAGGGCUGCAGAGGAGGAGCUGAACAUUGACGCCAAGGACCGCAUACCGGUCUCCUACAAGCGCUCUAGCUUCUUUGGAAAUGCACUGUAUGCCCUUGGAAUGGCUGCCGUUUUGGUGGCAAUCCUCUGGUAUUUUUUCCGCCUGGCUGGCAUGGGAGGACGGGACGGAGGCUUUGGGGCUUUUAACCAGCUGAAAAUGGCCAAGUUCACAAUAGUGGAUGGCAAGUCGGGGAAGGGUGUGAGUUUCAAAGAUGUGGCAGGCAUGCAUGAGGCCAAGAUGGAGGUGAAGGAGUUUGUUGACUAUUUGAAGUGCCCAGACAGGUACCUCAACCUUGGGGCUAAAGUCCCAAAAGGUUCCCUGCUGCUGGGUCCCCCUGGUUGCGGAAAGACUCUGCUGGCCAAGGCUGUGGCGACAGAGGCCCAGGUUCCCUUCCUGGCCAUGGCUGGCUCUGAGUUUGUGGAAGUCAUUGGGGGCCUCGGUGCUGCCAGGGUCAGGAGUCUGUUCAAAGAGGCCCGUGCCCGAGCCCCCUGCAUCGUCUACAUAGAUGAGAUCGAUGCUGUGGGAAAGAAACGCUCGAAUAACAUGUCUGGCUUCUCCAACACCGAGGAGGAGCAGACACUCAACCAGUUACUGGUGGAGAUGGAUGGGAUGGGCACUACUGACCAUGUAAUUGUCCUGGCCUCCACAAACCGGGCGGACAUCUUGGACAAUGCUCUCAUGAGACCCGGCCGACUGGACCGGCACAUAUUCAUAGACCUUCCCACUCUGCAGGAGAGGAAAGAGAUCUUUGAGCAGCACCUGAAGAUCCUGAAGCUCACCCACCCAGCCAGCAGCUACUCCCUGCGUCUGGCAGAACUCACCCCAGGCUUCAGUGGCGCAGACAUUGCCAACAUCUGUAAUGAGGCGGCGCUGCACGCUGCCAGAGAGGGGUACAAGUCCAUCGACACCUUCAACUUCGAGUACGCCGUUGAGAGAGUUAUCGCAGGGAGUGUGAAGAAGAGUAAGAUCCUGUCCAAAGAGGAGCAGAGGAUCGUGGCGUUCCAUGAGUCAGGCCACGCCCUGGUGGGAUGGCUGUUGGAGCAUACAGAGGCUCUGAUGAAGGUGUCCAUUGCCCCCAGGACCAACGCUGCCCUGGGCUUUGCCCAGAUCCUGCCCAGAGACCAGUACCUGUUCUCCAAAGAACAGCUGUUUGAGAGGAUGUGUAUGGCUUUAGGAGGAAGGGCGUCCGAGGCCAUCACCUUCAACAAGGUCACUACAGGUGCCCAGGACGACCUGCGGAAGGUGACUCGCGUGGCCUACUCCAUGGUGAAGCAGUUUGGCAUGUCCUCCAGCAUCGGUCAGGUGUCCUUCCCGGAGGGCGAGGAACAGGGCGCGGUGGGACGCCGGCCCUUCAGCCAGGGCCUCCAGCAGCAGAUGGACCAUGAAGCGAAGCUGUUGAUAGCGCGUGCCUAUAGACAAACAGAGAAAUUGCUCCUGGAUAACAGAGACAAGCUGAUAAUGUUGGCCAACGCUCUGCUGGAGCGGGAGGUGGUGAACUAUGAGGACAUCGAGGCCCUGCUGGGACCCCCUCCCCACGGGCCCAAAAAGAUGAUCGCCCCUCAGAGCUGGAUCGAGGCAGAGAAAGACAAGCAGGACACGGGGGAGGAAGAUGAGCCACGCCCGCCUCCUCGUAGAAAGAACCCUGACGAAGAUCUGAACAUGCAGCAUGUAUGACCCGGUUGACAGCACUCUGUUGGAAUCAGCACACACACACACAUGCAGUCCUCCCCUGCAGGAAGACCAGGGACCUGUUUAUCCUGUUAAUUCACUAAGGAGUCACUUGAUGCUGUAUCUAUCUAUUACUAUUAGGACAAUGGUUGAAAGUGGUGUCGUCUGAGAACCAUAAACACUGGGGUGUUUUAGGAGCUGCGGUUGUCAUUCAGGUCCUUAGCGGAAACGUUUGCUUGGCUUUUUUAGUGUGGAGAGCGUUUGAACUGUUGUCUAUGAGUAAGUUCCACUUCUAAUGACACUUCUGGUCUUGGACACCAUUGGGACACAGAAAUAAACAUUGGAUUUGGCAAUUGCAUACAGUAGCGUAAGUUGUGUAUCAAGGAAGAUGGUCAGUUGCUACACUGAAUAUGCAGCUCAAUAUAUUAUCCUAAAUUAAUUUGCGAUGUUAUGUAUUGCUCCAACAUUUAUGAUACUUUGGGGUGUUUAAAUAAAGCUAUAUUUGAACUU